AUGGCUCGGAAUUUCGACUUUCUUGCCCAGUUACUGGAUUCUGGCGAUUUCAGCGACCUCGCAUUCUGCUGUCGUGGGGAGGCGUUCAAAGUUCAUAAGGCCGUCGUCUGUACACAGUCUGCUCCUAUCAAGGCGGCCGUUUUGGGGGGAUUCAAGGAGGGCGAGACCGGGUCGAUCAACAUGGACCACUUUCACCCUAGCAUUGUGAGGAGGCUGGUCCAGUUCCUGUACACUGGCAAAUAUGACGAUCUGGAGGACAACUCCGUAUCUUCUACGAGAAAUGGACGCACAGAGACGGCCGGGACCCAAGAGUGUUCAGACCCGCCGCCUCUGGCAUCGCCCAUGCCGAAAGCGGACGCAAUUCCCGUACUUCUCGGUCACAUCCGGAUGAAUUCUAUCGGCGACUAUUACCAGGUGGAAAAUCUCGUGUUCUUAGCAAACGGUAAAAUCGAUCAGCUCCUCCGCGAUCACAGCAAGGAUAGUUCAUUGGUCGAGAGUCUCCCCGCUGCCAUCGAAGAAGCGGUCCAGUCCACGGGAGAUAAGAAGCUGCUCAAAGUAUUGGCGGUCGCGGUGGCAGAUAACAUAUCGGCUCUCGUGGACAUGGACACAUUCAGGAACCUCUCCGCCCUGUCCGACUUCGCAUUCCAUGUUAUUCAAGACUGCGCCCAGAAACCUCGCGCGCUGACGACAGAGCUUAGGGCAGCACAGCGUGAGCUGGAUGGCUCGAAAGCCCAGAUCGAAGUGUUCAAGGACCAUGAAGAACGGUUUCUACGUCUCCUGAAUCUCCUGAACAAUACAUCGCAGUGCAGACAUUGUCGCACUGAGUUCUCCUGUAUAAUUGACGCAGAGGGUUAUAUCCUCCGUUGCGCCAGGUGUUCCACGAGGCACUACUGA